UUGAUCAAAACGGUCACACGAUAACUUCGGUGCGGGUGACCACACGCUAACAACACUAGCAUCAUACCGGUAACUUCAUGAAUAUAUUCGCGUAUAUAUUUCAAUUUUCAACACCGAUCGCCACUGAAAAAAGUUACCAGAGAUUAUCUAUCUGAAGCAUUACGCAAAUAUGACAGAUUAUGUGCAGGAGCAAGAGAUGGAAAUUGAAGCUUUAAAGGCCAUAUUAAUGGAUGAGUUUGAAGAAAUUCAUCCUAGCGAAAGUGGAUUAAACACUUCAAAUCGAUGUUUUCAAAUUAAGAUAUCUCUUCAGGAUGAUGAGACUGAGCCGAACGAUACAGUUCAAUUGGGAUUAGUUUUCUCACAUACACACAAAUAUCCAGAUGAAAUUCCACUUCUGAAUUUGAAAAGUAUAAAAGGAAUCUCAGCAUCAGAUCUCACAGUUUUGAAAGAAAAGCUCGAACAAGAGGCGUCUGAGAAUCUCGGAAUGGCUAUGAUUUACUCACUAGUUACCUCAUCUAAGGAGUGGGUUACCGAAAGAUUUGCUCAUGACACUGGCGAUUACGAUAUCCUAGAGGAAACAGCAAAUAAAGAUGAAAUAAUUGUGCCACAUGGAGAACCUGUCACCGUUGAGACGUUUUUGGCGUGGAGAGAAAAAUUUGAAGCAGAAUUAGCCCUUGAGAGAGCCAAGCUGUUGCCGGAAUCAGCACUUGUAACAACCAAAGAAAAGAAACUCACCGGCAAACAAUGGUUUGAAAGCGGAAGAGCGUCAAAACGUGCAGCACCGAUCAUUGAAGGAUCUAACGAUGAAGAUGAAGACAUUGAUUUCGAUGAUGAUGAUGAUAAUUCAGAAGUUGAUGAGGAAGACAUGCUUGAUCACUAUUUAGCUGAGAAAUUAGACCCGUCUAAUCAAGGUCGUUAAGAUCGAGUUCACAGCUACAAUCACUUGAACAAAACUGGCACUUUGCCGUCUGGAGCCAUCAGAUCACGGUUGUCAAAACCUGUACCUAGUUUGCGAGAAGGCAUAUCUCUGUUUGUGUAUAAAUUCCAGGCUGUAAUCGGUGUGCUGAGACUCUUGGAUGCAGAUUAUACCAAUUAAUGGUUCAUGUU